UCGCGACUGUGCCACGCGAUGGUUUCGCUUCGCGUCCGAACUCCUUCGAAGGAAGUGAAAAAAGAAACCGUUUCCAUCAGCGGAAAGGGAUACGUUGCCGGUAUGUGGACGCAGUUUCCUCAUUGACGGAUCUGAAAAAAAGUGCGUGUUUUGUGCUCGCGUUAGCGAAAUGACAUCCGAGAGAAGCUGUGCCGGAUUUCUUAUUCGGACUUCUUAUCAGUAAUUUGAGAGAAGAAAUCUUACGAUACGCUUAAUGAUACAGAGCUGCUUCGAAUAUGAUACAACGGGGAUCGGUGAAAGUUGGGGAAAUUGGAAAAUGGUGAAAAAAAAAUCGGGACGGCAAUCAGAAAAGCUUGCCGCAUCGACAAGUUGUUGCAAAUUAGAACGUGAAAUAAUUCAGUCGUCAAACAUAUCGUGCGCAAUGCAAUAAAACGUAAUAUAUAUUCCGCGUGUGUACGAUAUGUAACGUCGCAAAAUAUUCAAACUUGAGCGAGUGUAUUAAAUGUUGGCCAACAAAGCCAGCGUUUGACGUCGCGACAUUUCCCGACGACACGGUACUUACAAAGUUGCGAAAGAGGAGGCCGGGCGGUUUACGCGUCGUGGAGUUAUAAAAAAUGAAAGCCGAAAUCGCGCGCCGUUACCGUUCGUUGCUAAACGCACCCGACGCGACGCGUCGCGCAUCGCUCACUUAGCAUCUUGCCGUUAAUCGUCGCGGAUGAUUUACGAACACUUAUAAUGAUAGUGUUGUCUCUUCUUCCUUGGAUGUUAGUCGUCUCUUCAUCCCGAUGCGGACCAGCGAGCGAGCGAGCGAUACCGCGAAUGUGACACGGUCACGAAUCUCAGCGACAUGGCGGGCAUACUUUUGCACAACCUUCUCCGAUAUAUACGGAACGGUGUAAAUCGUCGCAAAAUGGCGUCCAACGAGGAUGGCGAUCUGAUCGAUCUUGGAAACGAUGCGUGCGUACCGCGGGUCACAGUGGACGAUGCAACGCCCGACGAACAGGAGCAUCUGCUGGACGUAUGUCCCCCGAAAUUGGAGCAGAAACUCUCCCUCACCCGUCAGCAAGAGCGAGUGCUGAACAGCAUCGAUAAGGGUGACAUCUUGGUGACCUUGGGCCACGAUCAAGUGGUACCGAUCCGCAAAAGGAUCGACGUGGUCUCGUCAGACACGAUCAAGCGGGUGCGCGACAUCACUAGGAAUUUAGAGCCGGUUAUACGCAAGACUUGCUCGGACAUCAACGAGGAGGCUCAACAGGAUACGGUGGACCACGCGACGAUAUCGAGCUGCGAAAGAACGAGGGGAGCCUCGACGGCGAGACACGAGGACGAGACAUACGAGACGCGAGAAAUAAACGACGCUUUCGAUUUCCUCGCCGAGCACGACGACAACGAAGACCAAGCGGAAACGAGCUGCGGUCGCGCGAGGAACGAGAACGUCGACCCGAAUCGCACGACAUCCUCCGUGCGUCUCUCAAUCGGGGGGAAAGAGGAUAGGGUCAGUUACCCCUUCGAGUCGUCGUCCAGGACCUCGAACGAGGAAGCGAACGGUAGAAGCGACGUGGAGGAGACGAAAGGCGCCGUCACGCCGAGCGAGUACAAUGUCCAGCCGGACGACGAUCCGGUCUACAAAUCGUUGCCAAAUUCGAACAAGUUUCGCGAGGACAGUUCGCCCAAGGAUAGAUCCGUUUCCAUCGAAUCGGAGCCUCGCGCGAGAGUCGUUCUCAAGAGACGCGGUCGAGAGGACGCCUUCGAGCGCGGAAGCAAAAGGCGUUCCUUUCAAGAGUCGCAUCGUAAGUCGUGGACGGAAGGGACGAGCCUAAACUCAAGCCCUUUUACCGAUGGGCUUCCUGGCAUCGAUAGAUCCACCAGUCUUAAGGAAUAUCGCUGCGUACCGUCGGUUUCCAACGUCGAUCGUGGGGCGGCCAGCUUUCUCACGAGACAGCCACCGGAAGCGGAAUCGGCGACCAGUCCGAGCGAGGACGUCUGCUCGGAAGGUUCCGAGGUGGAUUGGUCGUGGCUCGAGGAAGUGGAGUACCUGCGGGCCGCGGAGUCGCUCGCGGCCGCCGGUGAACGUGGGGCUGGCGAACAGGGGGGGCGGGCGAGCGCUGCUGCGGCCCCCACCCGCGGGAGCGCGGGGCGCAGGCGCGGCUGCGAGCAUCGCGAAACGGCGACGGGCCGCAGUGUCGCGAUGUCCGUCACCGCGACGGCAAAGUCCCUAGCGGGUGGCGGCGGCACGCGGUGGUCACCCUCCGGCGGCGCGCUUCUCCACGAUCGUCAAAACAACGGUAACAACAAUCGUCGCAGCGGCGGACGACAUCGCCGGCAUCGCAACGUUAACGACAACAAUAACGACGGCGACGAUGACGACGACGACGAGGCCGCGGCAGCCGCGCGUUGCAACGCCACAAACGAGGCGGUCGAUCGUGAAAAUCGCGACGGCGCGACGACGACGACCGCCGUCGCCGCCGUCACCAGCUCGGUCGCCGCCGCCGCGAACUCGUGGAUGCGCGCGUCCAUGCGGCGUCUGCGUCAUCUGCGACUACCCGAGGGCACGCAGCGCGCCGGUACCGGUAAUAACGAGCCGGCCAAUCGGCGCGCGGUAGUCGUCUCGGCGCCGAAUUCGUUGCCGGACAUCGCGCUGAUCGCACCGGAGAUCCUCGCCGCGCAGACCAACGGCACCGGCACUUCCGGCACGCUGCUCCGACCGUUGAGCGCGCCCGCGAGGAACGCGGGCGCCGCGACGCCGCGCCGCGCCGCCGGUCGACAAUUCGCCGGUGGAAGAUCGAGGCGAGGCGCGCGUAAUCGCGAGGUGUCGUCGCGGCAGGGCAGCCUCGGCUCCACGACCACGGCCAGCGACACCACCGCGUCCGGCAACACGACCUGCUCCAGCUCGUUCGGCGGGGCUUCCAGCAGCGCGCCUUCCAGCACGCCGACCAGCCCGCAGCGCACCGCUCCGAGAAGGCGUAAGAUUCUUCACAGACCUAACGCGGGAACGUUGCGAGACCGUUUUUGA